AUGGGUGCAGUCCGCGGCGAGAGUUGCGUCGCCGGCCUCCGCCGGCGGGCGCGGUACGCCAAUGUUCUUGCUGCCUCUUCUCUGUUCUUCCUCCCGUACGUGCCGAUGGCGACGGCGGGAAUCUUUCCCUACGACAACCUGGAGCUCGAGUAUCCUCACCUGAUCUACCGAGAAUCGGGGAUGUUUGCCCCCGGAAAGGGUUUCCUGGAGAUCGGAGCCGGAGGGGGGGACGGGGAGAGCUUCAUCCGCUUGAGCGAACUCCAGUUCGAAGCGGAUGGCACCGGUCUAUGUUCGCCAGCGGAACAAGAGAUCAACUGCCCGAAAGAGGUCGGGCACGUCGAGCUCGCUAUUUUCGAGCAGAAAAGCUUCGGGCACGUCGGCGUAUCGGUGGACGACAUCAAGUACUACUGCUGCGACAACACCGCCCAGGCGGUAGGGGCGUGUCACCCGGACCAGGCCGACUCUCUGCUGCUCCCAGACCCGGCGGAAAUCUGGUGGCACGAAAAGCUGUCCAUCAUCCCGGGCAUCCCUGCGAGACUGGAACACAGCGAUCUCUACAGGGUGCCUGAGACUGGUAUGUACGUAGUCCUGGUGGCCAACUGCAACCAGAGGACGGGAUCGAUCUUCAUCAACGGCCACAGCGAGUGGAAGAAUCCUUACGGGUACCUUCCCGGCACGUCUUACGGCGACCUCCCAUUCUUCUUCUGUCUGGCGAUCGUUUAUCUGUCCCUCGGCGUCAUCUGGAUGAUCGUCUGCAUGGUGAACAUCAAGGAUCUGCUGGCGGUACAACUCUGGGCCUCGCUGGUGCUGUUCCUUGGCAUGGUGGAGACAGGGGCUCAGUACUUCGACUACAGGGAGUGGAACCUCGAGGGGACAAGAGGGGUAGGAGCCAGGUGUUUCGCCAUCAUCUUCGGUGCGGCGAAGCGCUCGUUGUCUCUGUCGCUUGUCCUGAUGGUGUGCAUGGGGUACGGCGUGGUGCGGCCUUCCCUCGGGCGCGACGUGCACAAGAUCAUGGCCAUGGCCCUCAUCUACUUCCUCUCCUCGGCGCUAUGGGUGGCGUUUCGAGCUAGCGUGGACGUCGGGGACAAGGACUUCGCCACUCGAGCAGGCGUUAACGCGGCGGCGAUGUUGGUUUUCGUCAAUGCGACCAUCAUGGUUAUCUUCUUCAUGUGGACGAUCCAGGCAAUCGUCGGAGUCAUCCAGCACCUGCAAGUCAGGGGCCAGACGGCGAAGCUCGCGCUGUACGUGUACUUCCGGAGGGUGCUCGUGGGCAGCGCCAUAUUCGGCGUGGUGUGGGCGGUCUACGGUGUCGUCCGCUCCUCGGAAGUGGAGGAGGAGCGGCAUUGGGAAAGCUACUGGACGGUUGACGCAAUCUGGGAGGUGCUCUACUUGGCGGUGUUGGUCGCAGUCUGUUUCCUGCUCAGGCCUUCGAUGAACUCUCAAAGGUUUUCCUAUGCGGCUCUGCCUACUCUCAGCGGCAAGGGCGGUGACGAAGACGGGGGCGACAUCCUGCUGCAGUCUAUCGACGACGACGCCGAGUUCGGUGGUAGCCUGGAUGAGGGUGAGGACAAAGCGGACGAGUUCAAUGGCGCCAUCCCCGGCCGAAAGAUGGCACCCAAGCCCAUCCCCAAGAAAGAAAACCAAGAUUAA